AUGGGCGAGGCGGCGAAAGAGAGAUUUCUCGGAGAUCAACAUGAUUGCCAGUUCGCUACUGAUCCUCGACAAAAUAAAGAAUUGGCCGCCCUGCUCAAAGAUCAGCAUGUUGUCAUCGCGGGUGCUGGGCGUGGAAUCGGCCGGGCCACUGCUGAAUUUUUUGCACAUACCGAAGCCCAGUCACUUAGUCUGAUGGCUUUGGAACUCGCAGAGGUUGAGGAGACCGCGAAAAUCUGUCAGAAAAUCAACCCGAAUCUUCGGACCCAGGCGGCAGCGUUUGACGUGACCGACUAUGACAGAGUGCAACAAUUCAUCGACGAGGUUGAUCGGGAAUUUGGUAGGAUUGACGUUGUCUUUAUGAAUGCCGGUCGCCCCCCGCAAUGGCUGGCGACUCAUGAGUCGGACCCAAAAGUAUGGUGGGACACUGUAGCAAUAUCGCUUCAAGGAGGCUUCAAUUUCAGUCGAGCUGCCCUUCCAAUUAUGCGACGAGAGAAGAGAGGGAGAAUUAUAUUCACAUCCAGUGCCGGCGCCCACACAAGUGCCGGUAUGGGCAGUUAUGCCAUUGGGAAACUAGGAUUGGUGCGAUUGUGCGAGACGCUUCAUAACGAGAAUAAAGAUCACGGCAUCAAGGCAUUUGCGAUACACCCGGGUGCCAUUCCCACUCGGUUCUUCACCGAUUUCCGUGAUGCUACAGCAGGAAAUAUCCAACCCGGCAGUUAUGUGUCCCAGACACUCCCUGGGGAACAAAAGUCAGCACAGAUCGCCGUCAAUUUCUUCAAAGGUAUCCAAUGGGACACACCACAGAUGCCGGCGGGAUUGGUGGUUGUCCUUGCGAGCGGACAAUUGGAUUUCAUGUCUGGUAGAUAUAUUGAUGCCUCAAGGAAGAUUGGGGAGUACAUGGCCGAGAAAGAGAAGAUCCGGCAGAAGGACCUCCACCGAGUGAGGUUGAUUGUUGAUUCUGACUGGUUUAUACCCCAUGGAGAUGACUAG